AUGUGUGAUUAUGAUAAAUUCCAAGAGCAAUUACGCCAUCCUGAUAAUCCAGUAGUUUUCAUGGAAAUGACCGCAGGUGGGGCACCAAUCGGAACCAUUGUGAUGGAGCUCUAUGCUGAUAUUUGUCCAAAAACUGCAGAAAACUUCCGUCAGUUCUGUACGGGAGAGUAUAGGAAAGAUAGUUUACCUCUGGGUUACAAAAACAGUCAAUUCCAUCGCGUUAUAAAAGAUUUCAUGAUUCAGGGAGGAGAUUUCGUUAAUGGAGAUGGAACUGGAUUAACUAGCAUUUAUGGAGCGAAAUUCCGUGAUGAAAGUUUUGAAUUAACUCAUACAGGACCCGGCAUUCUGUCCAUGGCUAACGCCGGAGCCGAUACGAACGGAUGCCAGUUCUUCAUAACUUGUGCAAAGACAGAUUUCUUAGAUGGAAAGCAUGUAGUGUUCGGGAGAGUGUUGGAUGGCUUACUAACUGUUAGAAAAAUUGAGAAUGUCCCUACAGGGGCGAACAACAAACCCAAAAUUCCGAUUGUUAUAGCCCAAUGUGGUCAGUUAUAA